AUGGCGCGACAGGAUGAGAUAUCCAAAUCUAUUGUCGCCGCCAUCCUCACAGCCGAUCGUGCCGACAAGCGCGGUCUAUUGAGACGAGUUCUCUAUUUCGUCUCGUGUUUCUUUACACUUUUCCGCAUUCGCCUUAUUCGCAUCCGCAAUGAGGUCUUCCAGCGUCUUCGGUCUACGUGGUCGUUGGACGAGGAUGGCUACGACCAUAGCUUCUCGGGCGAAGAGCCGCUCAAGGCCACCGGCGAUAUGGGCUACUCAGGCUCCAGUUUCUUUCACACAUCCGACGGCGCCUUCAUCGUAAAGUCAGUGCCUCGACGCUUCGAGCACUCCUUUUUCAGAGACGAUCUGCUGGAUCCUUACGCCAACUACAUGACACAGAACCCAACAAGCCUUUUGAUUCGUAUCACCGAUUUCCUCGGCUGGCCCCACGUGUCACUGGGGGGGAUUCUCGGUCUGGUUCCAAACUAUCACAUCGUCAUGGAAAAUCUGCUCACCGGCCAAGAUGAAGCCAAAGCUUCCGGCGGAGGCGAUUGGGAAACCUGGGACCUCAAGCCGACCUCCUACUUUUUCCCCGAACGGGACAUUGCCGGCGGCAGACUCACCUCCGAGGCCACAAAAUCCAAGCUUGCAGAUCGCUUCGACGACAAAAUCGCCAUCACCAAGGACGAAACCGACUCGCUCAUCAGACAACUCGAAAGAGACACAACUCUCUUGGCUGACAACAAAGCGGUCGACUAUUCCCUGUUCCUGAUCCGCAUCCCACUCUCACAGCCCCAGAACCCUUUCGCCGAUGACCCGGAAGUCGACAACGCUCCUCAACCGCCGGACUACCCUCCCUUUGCACCGCCUGCGCCACCAAGCUGGCGCACGGGCAUCCGUUCCGCCGAUGGCAAGUACGUCUUCCGCGCGGCGGUGCUGGAUUUCUUUUGGGCCAAGCACAAAGUUCAACCAAAGCUGUUCACGCUACUGAUUCGUGCUUGGAAUCUCAUCGACCGCCAGGGGCCCAUGAGCAUCACGACGACGCCAGAAGAGUAUAGAGAACGGUUUCUGCAGAUGUGCCGUGAGAUAGUGAACGUCACUGUGGAUGGUGAGUCUCGCGUUGGCGUAGGAUAUGGGACAUUUUGA